AUGCAUAAUAAAUCGUUUGUACCAAUGGAAUUCGUUGAUGUGCAACCUAUUAAAGUGAAAAAAAUAACCGAUGAACAAAGAGCACUUCUUUGUUUAAAAUCAUCCAUGAUGCCCUUAGAGUAUUAUCAAUCAGUCAUGGAAAUUCGUAAGAACCCAGAACAACAAUGUUUUGAACAGGAUCCAUUUAUCAAUGCAUGGAAUUUUCAUGUCGAUGUCAAUAUACUUAAAACACCGGCGCGUAUUUUACCUAUGCCUCAAAUUAUUUAUACGGAUAAAUUUCAUGUAAAUAAUGAAAUGCUUCAAUCACCGGGUAUUUGGAGUAAUACAAAAACUCAGUUUCAUCAUCCAACAAAUUUUCCAUCUGUAUGGGCUUUGAUCAAUCUAUCAUCAUCAUUGAAUGAAGAGUUAUGUAAAGCAUUCUAUAACCAAUUGAGGGAUGUUGCUAACGAGCGAGGUAUAAAGUGUCCGGCACCUGUCCUCUAUGAAAAAUACCAUGUUGAACCUGAUUCCAUUAGUCAGAUGAUUGCUGCAUUGAAAGAAAUGAUGGAAAAGAAUGACGAUUGUAAAUUUUUUAUCGUUAUCUUACCAGAGAAUAACAGUAUUAGAGAUCAAAUAUAUGGUGAUUUAAAAACACUAUGUGAAUUACAAUCUGGCUUCGGCAUCGUUACUCAAAUGAUAAAACUGAAGAAAAACGAAGGUAUACAUCCAUGGAAUUAUUCAAGAUUGAAUCAUAUUCUGAUGAAAAUCAAUACUAAACUAGAUGGAAUUAAUUCUAUUCUUCAUGUUCCUAAUGUUAUCAGAGAAUCCUUCUCACGUGGUCAUCGAUAUAUGUAUGUCGGUAUUGAUCUUAGUCAUGGAGCGCCUGGUUCAGCUAGAAAAUUUUCAACUGUAGCUAUUGUUGCAUCAGCCGAUGACAUACCUAAUCGAUAUUUCAAAGAAAUUUACAUGCAAGAACGAUUAUCGGAAACACGUAGACAAAGUCGGGAAUACGUUGUAGAUAUGAAACAGAUUAUGAAAUCUCUUAUUAGUCAAUAUGAACAAUAUCAUGGUUAUCCACCAAAAGCAAUUGUUAUCUAUCGUGAUGGAAUUGCAAAUAGUGAAUUCGAUAAUGUUUUCGAAAAAGAACUUAUGGCAACAAGAGAAGCUUGUGUUGAGUUAUCACCAAUCUAUCGACCAUAUCUUACUUAUAUUGUAGUGAACAAGAAACACCAUACAAGAUUUUUUCCAACCGAUUCAAAUGGUAAUGUUAAGGCUGGCACAGUUGUUGACUCACAUGAUGUUACUAAUGCUACCACAUAUGACUUCUUUUUAAAUAGUCAUCAUGGAGAAAAAGGGACAAGUCGUCCUACACAUUAUCAUGUUUUAUACGACGAUAAUAAAUUAAAACCAGAUCAAGUACAAAUGUUAACUUAUGCCCUAUGUUACACAUGUGCUCGUUGUACUCGUUCAAUAUCUAUUCCAGCACCUGUAAAAUAUGCUGAUUUAUUAGCUUUUCGUGCAAAUCUCUAUAUAAAAAGCUUCGAUCAAUCAGACACAGAAUUAGAUGCUUCAGAAUCGGCUAUUCCAGUAAAUCAAACUGUGAACGUCAACAAUAUGACAAGAAGUAAACGUAUUGUAUUAACUGUAGCUUGUAAUUCAUCGAAUCUUCGUCUGGCUAGUAAAUACUGA